CUGUGUGCAGUGUGGUAGUGCCUGUGUGUGUAGUAGCUGCAUCUCUGUGCUGCCAAAUGGCUCCUCCUCUGCUACUAACAAUACAUCAAUAAAAUAGUGUGUAUUAUAUCACCACUGGUCGUUAUGGAAAAGAAUGAAGGGAAGGCUGAGUCAAUAGCAAACAGCUCCCACUGUACAGUACAGUAAAUCAGGAAGAAUCCCUCCAUGCAGAGCCUCACAUCUUCCCUGCCAUCUUCCACCAAGAGGCUUCUGCAUUGAUUUACUAGUAAACAUAGAGGAGGCAUCAGCAGCACAGGGGGCUCUAGAAAUGUUCCUUACAUGUUCAAUAUCAAAGUGGAUGCAAGAUGCCAAGAAUAGGUUUCUUCAACUCCUGACCCACGUGAUCCAGCAAAUAAUUAAUUCAGCACGUCCCUUAAGAAACACAGCGUCGUCAUUAAUUUGCCAAGCAAAGGACUCUAUCAGACUUGAAAACUGAAGAGAUCCCAAGAAUAUUAUAUACAAAGAGAGCAGACUGUAUACUCUGCACUGUCUCUGUCAUAUAGCUGAGGAGAGAAGAUCUGUGCUGCUGGUGGCUGCUUAUGUGGGAUUGGCAGGACUAAGAAGAGAAGGCGUCAUCUGAAAAAAUUCAGAUACAAGACCUGAACCUAGAAGGCAGAGAGGUGUAGGUGGAGAGCAUCUAGAAGACUGAGAAGAUUGGACAGAAGAAGUCAAUGCUUAUUGAUAAGGGUGCAGAGUCCCUAUCACUGAGAGACAGCAGGAUGCAGAAGACAGCCUACUAUGAAAACUCUGGACUUUUUGGGGGUUACACCUAUGCCAAGCCUGAGUCAUACAGUUAUGGCUCCAGUCAUCAACCUUACUCCCAAUCUACUCUAGAGAAUGAUUAUCCAGGUUCAGCAUGUUCCAUUCAACCAUCUGCAAUCAGGCCCCCAAAUCAUAAAACUAGUGACAUUAGUGGCAGCUGCAUGAGGACAUCUUCUAAUCAGAAUGCCAGCCAAACCACCAAUAUGAAUGACCAAGUUCACCAGGCUCCAUCUCUGCCUCCCUCCUCUCCUAACCAGGGUAAUACCUCAACACAAAAAAAGAGCAAGUCCUCUGGAUCAUCUAAUUCUUCCCAGCCUACUAUGACCAAGCAAAUAUUCCCUUGGAUGAAGGAAUCAAGACAAAACGCCAAGCAGAAGAAUGUCAGCACUCCUCCAGGAGACAACUGCGAGGAGAAGAGUCCGACCGGACCCGCGUCCAAGAGAGUGCGCACAGCCUAUACCAGCGCGCAGCUGGUGGAGCUGGAGAAGGAGUUCCACUUUAACCGGUACCUCUGUCGCCCACGCAGGGUGGAGAUGGCCAACCUGCUGAACCUGACAGAACGUCAGAUCAAGAUCUGGUUCCAGAACCGCAGGAUGAAAUACAAAAAGGACCAGAAAGCUAAAGGGAUCAUGCACUCUCCAGCGGGGCAAUCUCCAGACCGCAGCCCCCCACUCAGUGGCUCCAGCCAUAUUGGAUACUCCAGCCAACUGCCCACUGUUAACAGCCUCAGCUAUGAUGCUCCAUCUCCAACAUCCUUUGCCAAAUCCCAGCAAAACAUGUAUGGCCUGGCAGCUUACACAGCUCCCCUGAGCAGCUGCCUGCCCCAGCAGAAAAGGUACCCUGGUCCAGAGUAUGAGCACCACCCCAUGCAGAGCAACGGUGGCUUUGCCAAUCCCAAUUUGCAAGGCAGCCCUGUUUAUGUUGGAGGGAACUUUGUGGAUUCCAUGCCAGCUUCUGGUCCUAUGUUUAAUGUGGGUCACCUCUCUCACCCAUCAUCUGCCAGUGUGGACUACAGCUGUGCUGCACAGAUUCCAGGCAACCAUCACCAUGGACCUUGUGACCCACAUCCUACAUACACAGACCUAACUUCUCACCAUACGACUCAGGGAAGGAUGCCAGAAGCGCCCAAGCUAACACAUUUGUAACUACCACAAGUGGGAUGAAGAAAGAAAGAGAGAGAGAAGAUAAUCCUCCUUUUAAUUACCUCAAUUUUUUUCUGCAAGAACAUUGUUAGGAUCCUUAUUGUGAGUGCCAACGGCUAUAAGGAAGGUCUCAUCAUGAAGAAGCUCCAUGUCCAUGAGAAGGAACCUUAUAAGUAUUCUAAGCAUGACAGUGCAAUAAACUGCAAAGCAAGGCACAAUAUAGACUAUUAAUGAUGUACUUGAAGGUAAGUCUAGAUUAGCAUUAGCCAGUGUCAUGCAUUUAUUUUUUAUUUUCAUUUUUUCAUUUUUAUUUUUUUGUACCAAAUGGUAAUGACUUGCAUAUGAGAUUUUUAUUUAUGAAUUGUUGAAAUUUGCAUUCAGCUAUGUGACACCUAUUUAUUAUUAUUGUUAUUAUUUUAACUUUUCAACUUUGCUCUUUUUUUUUUUUGUACCAUGAAUUAUUUAUCCUUGUCUUAAUGUAUUUAUGUGAAUGUGUGGAUUUUUUGUUUUUCUCCUCUAAAAACUUGGAAGAAUGAUUUAAAGUCCAUGAUUAUUUCCUCUCUUUAGUGGAGAUUAGUCCCCAUGAUCAGUGACUGUGGCUGGUGGUGUGUCUAGUUUAUGUAAAGGGUUAAUUAAAUGCAGCAAAUACAAUGUAGUGAAUCACAAUGGGCAUCUGACAUUUGAAACAUUUUUUUUAAUUUUAAAAAAAAUUAUUUGUCUUGCUCCAUUCCAGCAGUAUAUAGAAUAAACUAUAACUGAAUUGUUGUGUACUUGUUCCAAUAGACAAGACAACUAGAAGGUGGCAGAAUUAUGCCCGACACAAGCUGCAGUAUAGGACCAUGCCUCUUUUUACAUUUUUUAAAAUCUUUUUUUUACUUCCAAUGCAACCAAUACCAUCCCGAAUCUUUUCUGUCCUGUGAUUCCCCCCCCCCCCCCCGUGAUCCCCCCCCCCCGAGUGUUUGCAAUAAUCUGUUAUUUGCUUGGUUCAUAGUUUUUUUGUGGCUUUCAUUGUAUUCUUUGUAUAUUAGAUGUACAUUUGAAAUUCAAGGCGUUAACAAUUUUAGAGAAAAAAAACAAUAAUAAAAAAAAGAAAAAAAUGACAAUCACCAUAAAAAAAAAAAAGAAAAAAAAAAAAAGAUGAGGAGAGCCCAAUGUUUUUCUAGCGUUUAAGGGCUUUCGCGCAGUGGCAAUUGGUUUACAGGGUAUGGCCCAUCAUAGGGUUAAUAAAUAAUAUUAUUAAUGAUAGAACGGAUUUAUUUUAUUUAUGGACAUUGGCUGAUGUGGAGAUGAAUGAGGAGACCGCAGUUUAUUAUUAGGAUUCAUCAUUUUGUACUCAGAGUGAUCCUCUUCCUACGCAUUCCUGUUUGCUUGGAGAACGCGACUCCUACUCCUGAGCUGUGACAAGAGAUCACAUUCCCUCCUCCUAGGAAAGAUCUGACCCUUAAUGUUCUGCAGAGAAAGAAAACACAGACUGAGAGCCCUCGGAAAUCAGAGGGAAGGAGCAAGGAGCCCGAACCGCAGGGAGAGCACAGCAAUGAUGAUGAUGACACUGUACAGUAUUGUCCCAAUAAAACCCAUUUACAAUUCUC